GGGGAUGAGGGUGGGGGUGGGGGUGGGGCUGACUCUGCAGCCGGAUCCGGAUGCGGCGCUGUGACUGGCCGGGAGACUGACGUGCCUGGAGGGGAGCGUGGAUCGCUCUGACCCUCUUAACAUUUGAAAUUUUACUGGAAAGAUGAAACCUGAUGAAACGCCUAUGUUUGACCCAAGUCUGCUCAAAGAAGUGGACUGGAGUCAGAAUACAGCCACGUUUUCUCCAGCCAUUUCUCCAACGAAUCCUGGAGAAGGCCUGGUUUUGAGGCCUCUCUGUACUGCUGACUUGAAUAAAGGCUUUUUUAAGGUACUGGGUCAGUUGACAGAGACUGGUGUAGUCAGCCCCGAGCAGUUCAUGAAAUCUUUUGAGCAUAUGAAGAAGUCUGGGGAUUACUAUGUCACAGUUGUGGAAGAUGUGACCUUAGGAGAAAUUGUUGCUACAGCAACUCUGAUAAUAGAACAUAAAUUUAUCCACUCAUGUGCUAAGAGAGGGAGAGUAGAAGACGUGGUUGUUAGUGAUGAUUGCAGAGGGAAGCAGCUCGGCAAACUGUUAUUAUCAACUCUCACUUUGCUAAGCAAGAAGCUGAACUGUUACAAGAUCACCCUUGAAUGUCUACCACAAAAUGUUGGCUUCUACCGAAAGUUUGGUUAUACAGUGUCUGAAGAAAAUUACAUGUGUCAGAGGUUCUUAAAGUAAAGACCCCCACCAAGACAAUGAUCCAAGGCUUUACUGUUCAUUUUUGUUGCUGUAGACUGGAAAACCAAUGUAGUAUGCAAGUGUAGUGACACACAAGCAUGCCUGUGGCUGCUGGGACUCGCUCUGAGUUAAGACUACAAACGAUCCUAAAGGGGAUGAUUUUUAACCAAAGGAAUAUAUUUUCAACUUGAAUCUUUUCUUGCAUUGUAUUUUUCUAAAGUUUGUCUUCAUUUCUUAGUAGUCAAGAGUAUGAGCAGUAAAGAGUCUGCUCUGUGCUCAUUUUUAAAUAUAUGUAUAUAUAUUGAAUAAGGCUGUUUCUUAUCACAUAAAAUUAUUUUUGUCUCAUACGUCUAGACAAGGUUGCACCAUUUCUCAUAUUACAGGGAGUUGGACACAUCCAUUGUUAUAACCAGAUAGAUAUUUGCACAUCUAAACACUGUUGACCUUAUACUGCACACAAUGUGGACAGUCUUUUAAAGAAACAAAAGAAAUGAAAAUGUGACAAGGCACAACAGUUUAAAUAACUAUUUUACUAAGUGUUUGUAUAGUUCUGUGCAGACACUACACUGACCGUCUGUCUCAUUUGUCAAAUGAUGUUAGAAUUAUCCACGGGCAGACCUAUAGACCCAGGGUUCUUCUCAUCAGUGAGUGAGCAGCUCUCAGUGGAGGUACUUUUACCCUGGUUUCCUUAUUAUGGGCAUCUGAGUCACAAAAUGUGUGGUACUACCUUUGUUACAUCCUUAAACAACAGUAGCUUUUCUAUUCAAUGUGAUUAUAAUGGUACUAUUACUCUGAUCAUUGUUCUGUUUUAUUUAUUUUAAUGAUUUUUUUAAAGUAGAAUUAUUUGUUAACAAUGGUUCUGAUCUUUUGCAUUCCAUGUUACUACAUUAAACUUGUUUAUAUGACUA